GGUUUUUUUUUUUAAUUGAUUAAAUCCUUUCAGCUGCCAACAUGAACAUAUUUAACUUUUUUAUUAUUAUUAUUUUUAUUAUCGGGUCGGAGUUCAGAUCGUGGGGUUUUUGGGACUCGUCCCUGAAGCCCCUCACUGGCCGCUGUGUGGGGGAUUUAAAGAGAAAACCUCUGGCAACCCACGCAGAGGCGAAGGACCUACCACACGAGAGAGAGAGAGUUUUCAAUCCCUCCCCGGCACUCACGUUCAAUAGUGAAAGUGAAUUGCAGCAGAGGCGUGAGACAGAACGCGGGGGGAAUUUUCGAACCUGCAGAGAGAGAGAGAGAGAGAGAGAGCGGUGGUCAUCACGGAGCUCCGCAUCACCGCCGCGCAGGACAGCGACUUUCACCCUGAGCAUUUAACACAAUUCAACCCACUAUCCUGGCCCAUAGAUUGGUAGAGGACUUUUCACUGGAUGGAGGUCUGAUUCUAUGGUUGCUUGACUUUCUAAGACAGAGAGUCCAACGUGUAAAGACACUCAACACGGACGAUGAGGAAAUGAGCUCUGAUGGUCACUACGUCAGCGUAAUGAAGGGAUUGUUGAAGAUUGUUGUGGCUGGAGUUUUCCUGACUGUCAGUGUGUGUGAUGCUGAAUGCAUGAAGCAUAGUUUUAAAAAACACAUCAUAGACGUUUUAUUAAUCGAUCACUGGUUCCAGAUGAACAUAUUCACCCCUCCUGGUGAGGAGGUUACGGUGCUGCAUGAAUUCCUCGCUGUCAUUAACAUCAUCUGCUCGAGUUUACGAGCAAACACAGAUCCCACAAAAAACAACGUGGACCCGAUUAAUGGGAGCUUACGGACAAAGAUAGUGUGGAUAUAUGAACAAAUGUUGAAAAAUCUGGUCAAAGGUCGGGUUUGUGAUAAAAAUCCAAGUGUACAGUGCUGUGAUAAUUAUAAGUGCUAUAAAUCUUAUGGCACGAGUUUCAUCAACACAACACAGUUUGAGAACAUGUAUAAAAAAGUCUGCCAGUGGAAUGGAUCAAUCCCAGGUACAAUGUGCCCGUUCCCUCAGGAUUAUUUGGACACAACAGCAUUUACUCCUGUUCCUGAGCAAAAUGCUUCCCGCCAGCCCGUAAUACAGGAUGCCCAGAAUCCUAUGUUUAAAGGCCUGGUGGUGUCAGCGGUGAUAAACAUCAUCCUCAUGCUUCUCUUAUUUCUCCUUGUCAUGAAGAUUUGUUGUUACAGCAGCGAACCUCAGGGAGACAGUCAGGCACGUGUUGAUGAAGAGAACUUGGCUCUACACAGGGGAAAUACAGGAAAUAUAAACCAGGAUCAGAAUGAUUCAGGAAGGGAUAAAGAGAAUGAAGUUUCUGUUUCAGAGCAUCAUAAAUAAACCCACAGUGUGCUGAGUCUUGGAUAAAACCUCAGUGUUCAGUGAAGGGGAUGGAGUUAAAAAUCUCUGCAUGAAAGGAAGCUGGAUUUUGGACUGAAGCUGAUGAAGAUUAUGAAUGACACAUUCAUCGUCUGGGGGUAAUUCUGUCCAUAUUAAAGGCUGCUGGCAUAAAAUCACAAAGGAAAAGUGACAGACUCAACACACCGGCACUGUGACCCUGUGGGUGUCUCAGUAAACCUGAACAAACUGACAGUGAAGUGCUGAUGUCUGGACUGAGCAGUAAAUUAAAAGCUUGAUUAGGAAAUGAGUGACUCCACCUGAGGGAGGACAUUAACAGCGAUCACUGGGCCCAAACACUGCAGAAGAAGUAUGACAGAGGUUGUUGGAUUAAGCAGUUGGUGGUGUUGUGAGACUCUGACAGCAAGUCACUGUUUAUCCUAUGCAUGUGAUCAAAUUUCCAUUAUUGAACAUUCUCGAACUUUGAAUUGAAUUGCAUGUUAAUUCAUCACAUCGCCAUUCCAACACCACAGCUACAUACAGCUAACACACACUGUACUGUUUGCAUGAUAAGCUAAUAUAUAGUUGAUACAUACACACACACACAGUCCUCUGCAAAAGUCUUAUGCAUGUGUAAAGAAAUGCUUUCGACCAAAAAUGGCUUAAAAAAUAAUGAAAUGAAAUGUUUCACCAUUUAAAAAAAUACUAUAAGCAGUAAUCAGUGAGCCAUAAUAAAUGAAACAAAGUCAGUAUUUGGUGUGAGACGACCCUUUGGUUUAAAAAAAAAAUCUCCGUCUCAGGUCCAGUGAGGUCAGUUUUAUGUGGAAAUGAUCUGUAGGUUUUCCUGAGCAUCUUACAGAACCAGCCGCAGUUCUUCUGGACACUUUGACUGUCACACUCACUUCUUCAUUUUACACCAAAACCCAGCAGCCUUCAUUAUGCUUUCUUUUUUCAUCUGAAAAGUGCUCUCUUAUGGAAUACGCUGUUCACAUACAAACUUUUUUUUUCUGUAACAUUUAAUUUUGUGUUGGAAAACGAACGUUUGGGCUCUAAAAUGUUUUUGUACUGACUCGAUAAUGUAGAAGUCAUCAAAUAGAAAUCUAUAACAAAGUUUGUAUGGAAAAAAAUAGGGAGCCAAGACUUUUGAACAGGACUAUUUAUAUAUAUAAAAUGUGUGUAUGUAUGUGUGUUUUAUAUGUGUGUGAUAAAUAAUGACAGUUAUUAUAAAUUCACUGAUGAAGCAGACAAACACUGACAGUUUUCACCUUUUCAACAAAUCCCAAGCCCUAAAUAUGCCCCGCCCCCUUCAUUUCCUCGCCCCCUUUAAAUGGCACAAUAUUAGCUUACUCGAAUCUGAUUGGCUCAUAUAUUUUAUGAUGUAGUAACAGUUUGUUGUUGUGACAUUCUUGUCGUGAUUUUCAGCUGUUUCUCACUUUUAACACUUUGACUGUCAGUGUUCUUGAACUUCAUUGAAAUAAUUUAAUAAUGAAAAAAUAUAUUUUAUUAAGUUUGUGUUUGUGGGUGGCACGGUGGUGUAGUGGUUAGCGCUGUCGCCU